AUGGUUGGCACCAUUCGCCAAAACCCCAUUAUUUGUAACGGUCAUACACGACCAGUCAUUGACUUACAGUUCGUUGAUGCGCCUGAUUGCGGUCCCUUGCUGAUAACCGCCUCAAAAGAUGGAAAGGCUAUGCUAAGAACGGGUGAUACAGGUGAUUGGAUAGGUACUUUUAAUGGGCAUAAGGGGGCUGUAUGGUGCUGCGCUUUGAACGCGAAGGGCACUCGUGCCGCAACUGGAGCGGCUGAUUUUUCGGCAAAGUUUUGGAAUGUUGACAAUGGCAUAGAGCUCUUAUCCAUUCCUCAAAGUCAUAUUGUUCGUGCUCUCGAUCUUUCAAAAACUGAUGGUGGAGGGCGACUCUUAACUGCGAACAACAAGCAGGAAGUCUUCAUCUAUGACUUGCACGCUCCAGAGACGCCUGUCUGCUCCUUCCCUGGUCAUAAAAAAAUCACCAGAAGAUGCCUGUGGAUGGACAGUGAUAAGCGUGUACUAACCAUCACAGACAAUCAAGACAUUAGAUUGUGGGACGUAGUAAGUGGGUCGGAAACUGCCGGACCCGUCUGGAAGGUUGCUCUGCACGACUGUCCAAUGGACGCGUAUGUUUGGUCGAGCGGCGCCACUUCUGUUAAGGUUAUUGUGGCUUCGGGAAAGAAUGUGUUUGUCUAUGAAUUUGACUUCCGAUAUUCCCUCUUUGAUGCUUCGACAUCUCCUUCUCUCACUUAUACGCUCUCAGCUCCUGUCUGCAGUGCAUCUCUGAAUCCGUUGGGUGAUAUGCUUGUUUGUGGGUGCGAGGACUCUCUUAUCCACCGUUUGGAUAUGACGUCAGGCAGCAUCCUAGAAACUUGCCGUGGUCACUUUGGACCAGUGCAUUGCGUUCGGUUCUCGCCUGAUGGUCACCUAUACGCCAGCGGCAGCGAGGAUGGGACGGUGCGACUAUGGCAGACAAAGGUUGGUGAGGUCUACGGACUUUGGCGCCUGGGGCGUUCAGCUCCUCCGGUCGGCUCCAUCCUCCACUCGUGUUGA